AUGUCGCCCAAACAGCCAAUCCCGAAAAGGGAUCUCGAACAGGGGCUAUACAUUGUGGAAAUUCCAAAGCAGACGCCAGCAAAGGAGGAGCCAACAAAGAAGAAGCCAACAAAGGAAGAGCCAAAUGUGGACAUCAUUGUCGUCCCAGGCUUUGGCGCAGACCCCCUGAACUGUUGGGCUUGGAAGAAAGACGGAGAAUAUGGUUUCAACUGGAUCACAAGCGGUUCUGGACUUAUCGUCCAUGGGCUUCUCCUUUCGCUUCGUGAGAAAAGAAGAGAAUACAAUGAAAAAGGCCGACCCAUCAUUUUCAUUGGCCAUAGCAUGGGGGGGCUAGUCGUUGCCAAAGCAUUGACCGAGAUGGAUAGACUUCGUGAUGAUUUCGGAGAACUGCUUCCUUGCGUCACGAGCUGCGUUUUCUUCGGGACGCCCUUUCUUGGCACUGGUAUGGCGUCAUACUUCUCUUGCGUGAUUGAGGAGAUGAAAAAGAAGGAGCUUGAAGUGUGUGAUGCUUUCUGGACCAUGAUGAGACCGGAAAGCGAUUCUCUUCGGACACUACGCCAUGAAGUCACACAACUGGCCCAGCGAAUCAGUCCGCCAAUUGUGCUGAGCUAUGUCUUCGAAACGCUAGAAGUCGCCAAGAAGGAUUAUUUCCCACAGAGAGACUCCGGAAACAACGAUUCCAGACCGGCCGGCGAAUCGGAUGGGUCAUAUCUAUCUUUUAUGCGUGGGCUCGACGAGGAUACCACAACACGUCUGGACAACUGUUUCGAAUCCAGCCUCAAGAGUAGCAAAGGUUUAUUCGUUACCUGCGCGUCUGCAACCAAGGGCUCUGAGAAAGGUCUGGGGCUCCAGUGCAACCACCGUGAUCUGGUGACCUUCCCAGAUGUCAAGAAUGAAAAAUAUAAAUCUGUUCUGGGCGAGCUGGGUAGUCUGGUCGAUAGGGCGGAAACCACUUGUCGGAAAAGACUGUUUGCUUCAAGCCAGCAUAGCAUGUCACCUCACGCUGCGGAUGCUUUGAGAAACAUGCUUGACUCUGGUAUCAAACGCGAUCAUGAGGCCCUUGUGGGAGCAAAGAAAGAGGAGUCGUGGGUCCUUCAAGAUGAACACUACCAAAAUUGGAAACUUCUUCGAUCAAGCAAAUCGUUCUUCUGGAUCAAGGGGCGGCCUGGCCAUCUUUUGAAGAGUCAAUAUCGAAGAGGUAGCCAUUCAGCCAUCGAUAGCCAAAAUGACGAUACUACGGCCACCUUGAGCUUGUCUAAUCUAUGGAGUUGUUUCAAAGAUAUCCUGGCCGACGAUUCUACUGGUGACAUUUAUGUCGUCAUCAACAACAUCCAUUUGCUUGAAGAUGAUCAGUAUUCCGACGAACUCAUCGAGGAAAUCUCCAAAGAAGUAAUGGCAACUCACAAGACCCAGCAUCAGAGCGGUAUUCGGGGCGCUCGUCGAUGGCUUAUCACGCUCACGGAUGGCGGGGAUAGUCGUCGUUUUGAGAAGCUGAUCGAUCGUCAAACCUCGUACGUUGCCGAUCUAUCCACCAGCGAAUUCGCUGAGAAGGUCAAAAAUUCUCUCAAAGAUUAUGUGCAGAGAAAGGUCGUCGACUUACAUCAGACCAAGCGCUAUGCACCUGAUCAAAGGUACAUGAUAGAGGACCUGAUGGUCGACCAUGCGGACAACACACAUUGGAUCGAUAUCCAAUGCAUUCGGCUGGGAGAACUGGAGCUCGACAGCAGCACAGAGUCCAUAACAAGAACCUUGGGGCUUACGAAUGCAUCGAGUUUGGAAAAUCUCGUGCGCCACUGCUGGUUGACGGUCCUCGAGCGGGACCCGCAACUCAAGCCCUCCCUCGUGGAACUUCUCAGAGCACUAGUCUUGGCUUUCCGAAGCCCGUCCGUCAAAGAGCUCUACAUCUUGUCCGGCAUUAAGGACGAGGGGAAGGUGAUUCAUCUGAUCGACCAGUGCGCGCCAAUGAUACGUCUAGUUCCUCAAGAUAAGGGCAUGACCACUGUUGAGUUUGGAAAUGCCACCCUCAAGCAUCAGCUUCUCUUGAAAUCAGACAAGCUUCUCGGUUUGUCAGGCGGCUCUCCUAACGCCGAGUCGAAAAAGCCAGAAACAGAACGUUACCAUGGUGUACUCGCUUGGAGGUGUUUUUCUUACUUGGAAAGGGCUUUGAAGCCCGCCAUGGCGGGGAUGGAUCGGUCAACGUUUAUCAAGUCCUUGUAUCCCUUGGACUUUUGGAUGAACCAUGCCAUCCAGGGCAAGAGAGAGCUUUCGGACGAUCUCGCUCGCCAUCUCCAUGGUUUCUGGAAGAAUCCGUCACCCCUGAGGGAUGCUUGGUUGGCCUUAUGUCUGCCAAACGCGCAAUCUUUCGAGCACAGCAUUUCCAUUACGGGUAUGACAGCGUUGCAUACAGCUGCAGCCUUUGGAUUUGACAAGCUUGUGAUGAGCUUGAUCACGAACGGACACCAACAUGAAGUGGAUUGUGGAAACCUAGAAGGAUACACCCCACUUCAUAUCGCCGCUGUUUUCAAUCACACCGAGACGAUCAAAGUCCUCCUCAGAAGCAGCGGGAAAGACGCCGUCAACAAAAGCAUGAAACUUCUUGGGGCUCCACUCCAUCUGUCCGCGAUUCAGGGCCAUCUUGCUAGUCUGAGGCUGUUGUUGGAGAAAGGAGCAAACCCGAAUGCUCUGAGUGAGAUGUACGGUCCCGUCAUCAAUGCUGCAAUCAAAUCGGGGCACAGCGAAGCAGUACAAGCACUGCUUGGACAUGACAAUAUCGAUCUCGAUGCGGCCAAUCCCAACGGCUCACCGCCUCUUGCACUCGCCGCGGGCAUGUCUCCAGAAGAUGUGUUCAAACACAUUUUACUUGGAGGCAAGGCGAAAUGGACAGCACAACAUCACAGGCGGGCCUUGGAAGAAGCAUGUCGCAACAACAAGCCGGGUAACAUCCAAGCUCUUCUCGAACACGCGGGGGCCUCGUUCGAUGAUGCUACUCUCACAUCUGCAGUGCUGACUGCCGCCAUUGAGAACAAUUGGGAUUGCGUUUUGGCAAUCUCACGACCGGAGUUGGGUGGCAGCAACGUUUUCUAUCUUGCGGCGGUGACCUUGCGUGACGGAUCGUCAGCCAGUACCGUGCUCCAAAAGACUUGGAGUGCUUCGCACGCUACGAUUGAAAAGGAAGUACGCAACGCCGCUUUAUACCAGGCUACCGAUAACCAGAAGGCGGAAACAGUAGCAUGGCUUCUGGACACAUGCAAAGCUGAUGCCAACGCUACGGACCAUCGUCCGGGAAGUUUGGAUCCAAGUUAUUUCACGAACAUUCUGAGCACCUUUGGGAAUGCUUUAGCCGCCGCGGCUUGGGAUGGCACCAUCGACAUUGUGAAGAAUCUGGUGGAGCACGGUGCUCAAAUCGACAGUCCGAAUGGAUGUCCAUUACAGCUAGCGGCAAGAGAGGGCCAUGCCGAGGUCGUUAGUUAUCUCCUCGGCCAGAAAGCCAAGGUCAACAGGAUUCCUGGAGAGGAGCACGACUACCAGGGAUCAAGCUUUUCGGAAGGGACUGCCUUGCAAGCUGCUUGCCAAUAUGGUAAAACCAACGUUGUAAAAAUACUCCUCGAAUGGAAGGCAAAUCCCAAUCUUGGACGAGGCCUGUACACCAAUCCCAUCAUCGCCGCCACAACGAGGAAUCGGCCCGAGAUUUUGAAACUCCUGCUCGCUGCGCCAGGAGUCGAUGUCAAUGUGAGAGGGGUCAAUGAUUUGUCGACGCCAUUGAUGAAUGCAGCUUUCCUCAUGUCCUACGCAGACACAGAGCUUAUACUCAACGCUGGCGCCGACGUCAAUCAGUCAGGCCCCGAUGACGAAACCGCCGUCAUUCGUGCAGCACGGAAAGGAGACGCCGAAAUCUUGCGGCUCCUCAUAUCACGUGGGGCUGACAUCUUGCACGAGGGAAAAGACGAGCGAACUGCUCUUGAUAUUGCUGCAAAUCAAGGGCACCUUCAAUGCUUGAAAGUACUUGCAGAGAGUGUGUCUCCGCUAUUUCGCGGACUCAAGAGAGCGAUUGCGAACGGGAGCACAUUUGCACGAGAUCUCGUAGCUCGACCGGGGGAUGACCAUGAUAUUGUGGACAUGGUAGCCGUCAAUCAAUUACGGGAUCAAGUUGUGAACCUGACAAGAGAGGUGGAAGACCUCCAUUCCAUUCAAUUAGGUUGGAACGACAUGAUGUCAAAGGUGCAAGCAGCGGAGACGAACACGGCAGGUUAUAAGGAACGAAUGGACCAGAUGAGACGUGAGAGAGGUGAAGAGAGCGCGACGAUUGAAAGAGAGCGUGGUGAAUACAAGGCCGCGAGAUACGGAUUCACCAAGCUGCAUGAGGAGCGCGAUUCUCUCAAGCAAGAAGUUGCGGCUUGCAAACUUGGUCUGGAAGUCCAGAAAAGAGACUCCGAUAGUAAGAUACAGAGGCUGCAGAAAGAGCUCGAGGGAGUUCAUGCUUUGUGGACAGAAGCCGAAGCGCAGCGGAAGAAUAUGGCAGAGGAAGCAGCAAAGACGCAACGGCAACUUGAAACCGUCCAUGAGAAAGCGAAGAAGAUGGAGCAAGACAUGUCGACUGAGAUUUCUUCUUUGCGGCAGAAAUUAGACCCCUCCGAACAGCAAGUCGACGGGCAGGCAACUCCUUCAGGUGGCAGGGAUGACGAAAGCUACACUGAAGGAGACGACGUCCUGAGCCAGAAUGCUGGCAGCUCCUUCAGUGUCAGCAGCGCUCAUGACACCACGGGUGACAUGAGCACAGGCAAAACUGCAGCCAAGAGUUGGAAAGAUAUCAGGCACAACUCUUCACAGUUUAUGGCCGAUUUAGUUUCAAAACAAAGGGGGAGUCCCAAGCCUGAUGGCCAGAGGUAG